CUCUCUCUCUCGCUUCCUCAAUAACGCACACACUCACGCCCCCUCACAUUUACGCAAGCCAGUGUGACGUGACGCGCGUAGCACAGAGUGAUCGUUUCAUGACUUAACGCUGUUUUCUGUACACGUUUGGAUCUGAAUGAGAAGCAUUUGGGCGCAUUAGGGCUGUGCGGAACGCUGCUUAAUUCGUGCUUUAAAGGGAAGCGCUCCGGCAGGAUGCAGAAAGAGCGCAGACGUGGGAAGCAGUACGGCUCUGUGGAGACGGCGGAGCCGCCUGAAGACGCGCGCAGAACAGAUGAAGAUGGCAUUGUGUCAAUGGCGGACUCCACCAUUACUGUGGAUGACAUCGAGGGCGAGCUGUUUAAAAUCGAGAGGAUACGAGAUGUGCUGGUGCGGAGAGAAUCUGAGCUGAGAUACAUGAUGGAUGAUAUUCAGCUAUGUAAAGAGAUCACAAGGCUUAAAAAAGAGUUGCAGAAAUUGGUAUCGAUCCCAGAUAAAGAUAAGUCUAGUGAAGACCGGCAGCGUGAGGAGGAGCUUUUGCAGCAGAUCCAUAAGCUGGUGGAGACUCGGGACUUUAUGGUGGAUGAUGUGGAGUUUGAGAGACUGAGGGAGCAAGAGGAGGACAAAGAGAUGGCCGAGUUCCUACGGGCAAAAUUUCCUGCGAGCGCUACAAAAAAAAGUUCUACUCAAAAGAGAAGAAUGACCUCUAGAGCCCAACAGAACUCCUCUCCAAAAGUGACCAAGGCUGGCCUUACCCUGCUUAAAGAAUGCUGCGGUUUUACCUGCUCUGUCAUGUAGAGUAAGAGAUGAUGUGAGCUACAGUACUACAAGAAUAAGAGAAGUGUGAUUAAAAAAGUCUAAUAAUCUAUGGGGAGAGAAGAUAAAACCCGUAGGCAAGAGGCUAUUUAUAUAAAGGUAUAUUUUAUGAGGUACUGAGGACGUGUCUCAUUAUUGAUGUGCAAAUUGUGGAAGUUAUUUUGGAAAUCAACAUUGUGAUAAAGAAAAUGCAAUGUGAUGCAAGUGAAUUGAUUGUAAUUAUGCAGCAGAGUGUGUCUGUCUUUCAGCUGUUAAGAAGUCUAAAAGGGUCAAUUUAAACCCUUUGGUAAUCAGUAGUUUAAAUUAACAGUAUUUUCCCUUCUUGUCUAUCCUUGUGAAAUUGAAGAAAAAAGGAAGCUAACUGAGUUGCAUCAGUUAUAUAUUACACUAUAUUACUUUUGUCAGUAUGUGUCUGUUGUCUAUGCGAUGUUCUGCCACUGAAUUCAGCUAUAUUUAACCUAAGCUUGAACCAUUGACAUGUGCCAGUGAGAGAAUGGGGGGGGGGGGGAUAAGAAUGAGUAACAAGAAAGAGAUUACAUUACAAACUAGGCAAACAGAAUCAAAAAGAAUGGAUGCAUGGAGUAGAAACUUCUGAGAUCAGAAUCAAGAAACACGGUCAAAAGGGAUCUGAAUGUAUCUGUGUGCUAUAAAGUGUUACGUGACUGAAGUUUAGUUUGAAUGCUUCAAAGUUUUUUCUGAUUUUAAGCUAAAGUACUGAAUUUUGCUAAAAACCAAUCUGUUAUUUAUUAUUUAUUCUAAUAGGCUGCAGAAUCUAUAUUUUAAAUGAAAUGUUCUGUACAGGCAUAAAAAGUUGCUCAAUUAAUAUAUCAAUCCCCUGCUUAUGUAUUUCUACCUAUUUCCGUGGCUUUUUUUUAAAGUGUAUGCUCUCUUUUAGCUGCAACAUCUUUAACUGUGUUAAAUACUGAAUAUAAAGGGAGCAACUACUGUUUGUUUUAUAUCAAGAGAAGAUUUGCCUGAUUUUAUCUGUAAAUAAUUGUAAAGUUUGAUGCUUUUGGUGGUCAUGUGUCAAUUGUCAGUAAAAGUUUUCAGUGAAAAUGAACAUUAA